AUGAACGAAACACUGGACCUGAAUAUUACCCUUGAGGAUGAUGGAAACUCGACUUUUGUCAGUGGCUCCAAUGAAUUCUUCUUACCUCAGAAGAACAUUACAUACGUUGGAUAUUACCUGCAUCAGCCAUCUGUAGCAGCAGUCUUCAUAGUGUCCUACCUGCUCAUAUUCCUGGUCUGCAUGGUUGGAAAUGGAGUGGUGUGUUUCAUUGUGUUACGGAGCAAAAACAUGCGCACUGUCACCAACCUUUUCAUCCUCAACCUCGCCAUCAGUGACCUUCUUGUUGGGAUUUUCUGCAUGCCCACAACUCUUCUUGACAACAUUAUUACAGGUUGGCCAUUUGGAAGCAUGGUCUGCAAAAUGAGCGGAAUGGUCCAGGGCAUUUCAGUGUCAGCCUCUGUUUUCACCUUGGUUGCCAUUGCGGUUGACAGAUUCCGAUGCAUCGUGUAUCCCUUCAAGCAAAAACUGACAAUAUCAACAGCCACGCUUAUCAUUUUGAUAAUCUGGGUUUUGGCAGUGUCGAUCAUGUGCCCGUCUGGUGUCAUGCUUCAGGUGACUAAAGAACAAAGUGUCCGUGUUUUCCUGGGAGAUGGCAACCGAACAAGCCCUUUCUACUGGUGCAGGGAAAACUGGCCUAACCAGGAGAUGAGGAAGAUCUACACCACCGUCCUGUUUGCCAACAUUUACCUGGCUCCUCUGUCCCUCAUAGUGAUCAUGUACGCAAGGAUCGGCAUCACUCUGUUCAAAACGGCCAUGCCAGCAGGUGCCAAACCAGGCCACGAUAACCGUCACUCCGUGUCAAAGAAAAAACAAAGAGUGAUAAAAAUGCUCCUCAUCGUGGCCUUGCUCUUCAUCUUGUCCUGGUUGCCUCUGUGGACGCUGAUGAUGCUAACAGACUAUGUUAAACUCACUGAACAUCAGUACAAGCUUAUUAACAUCUACAUUUACCCUUUUGCCCACUGGUUAGCCUUUUUCAACAGCAGCGUCAACCCGAUAAUCUACGGGUUCUUCAAUGAGAACUUCCGCCGUGGAUUUCAGGCCGUGUUUAAGUUCGGCCUGUGUCCUGUCAGAGGUCAGCAUCGGACCUAUUCUCACAGGGUGCAGGGCAAUUCUGUGCAACCGGUGAACCUGCAACCCUCCACAGAGCCCAUCUCUCUUAACAGCCUGGAGAACAACAGCUCGAGGAGGAUGAACCACGUCAACGAGCAAGACUUAGUGAUGGAAGAUCUAGAGAAAGUGUCUGAAUGCAGCGUGGAAGGAGCUUCUCUUUAAGGGGCUUAGUAGAGAAGAAUACUGUAGAAUGAAAGCAAGCUGAUGACAGACUUAUUGUUUAUUUACAGUCUUAAAAUGACAAUGUGAACAUUAUACAGUUAUGUAACGUUAUACAGCAGAUUUUAUUUAUUUUGAAUAGUCAUUUGCUGCUAACAUGAAUGUACUUACUGGUGUUGUCAGUAAGAUUGGGCACAUCUGGCAGUUUAUCAAAUGUAUUCUUGUUAACUUUACAAUCAAAUUCAUAAAAAACAAACAAAGAAACAAAAAACUGUUACACUGUUGUAAAAUGAUGUGUUAGGUGCAUUCACUGCUUUAUAGUGAUGUAAACAUCUGGGGUUUUGCAGUAAAUCAUUUUAUUUUUUGAUUUAUUUUUAUGUGUUUAUGAAAGUAUCAGAACUGCAAGAAUGAUUCAUUGUUUCUGGAUUACAAUGUGGGAUUUUAGGCACAUACUUGCAAAUGAAUACUAAAAUGAAACCUUCAUACCUCUUCUGUGAUAUGAUCCCUCAAAACGCUGGAAUAAGAAAAUAAUAAUCAUAGUAAGUCACACUUGCCUUUCUGCCCCUGACUGACAGUUUUAUGGGCAACAAGAAUAUUUGAAGCACAUAAGUCUGGAUGUAGCACUGUGAUUCACAUGCCUAAAGCUUAUGUGUUCUAGAAGCAUGCUUUUCCUGUUUGUUUAUGCCAAAACCAUCCAUUGCCUUUUUUUACCCUCUCUUGUUGCUUUACUUAUGAGAAUUCUCUUCUGCUCACUGAGCCUGGUAUUGACAAUAAUAAAUGUUUUUGAUCAGCAAAUCAGAAUAUUAGAAUGUUUUCUGAAGGAUCAUGUGACUGGAGUUAUGAUGGAAAAAAUUCAGCUUUGAAAUCACAGAAAUAAAUGAGAUUUUAAAAAUUUGUUAAAAAAGAAAUUUUGCAGGCUUGGUAAGCAGAAGAGCAUUUUUUUACUGGUAGUGUAUGCUGUAUAUAUAUAUAUAUGUGUGUGUGUGUGUCUGUGUGCACACGUGUGCAUGUUUAUGUGGUUUAUGAGGACACAAAUUUGUACGUUUCCUUUGAGGGUUAGGUUUUAGGUGUAGGGUUUGGGUAUGGGUAUAACGAUAGAAAAUAUGGUUUGUACAGAACAAAAAAACAUUACAUUACAAUUUAAUGGAGAGUCCCCAUAAACCAUAAAAACCAACAUGUGCCAGUGUUUACUUCAGUUUAUGUUUUUUUUAGACUCACCUUGAAUGAAUGAAUGUCCUACUUUCACUGUGAAUGUCAACAAAGUCUUUUCUUUUCCUCAAAUAGAGCAAACUAUUUCCAUUUAACAGACUAUUUUGAUUCAAAUUGUGUGACAGGAGUUUGCUGGAUUUCUUAUUUGAACCUUUGAAGAUGUUCAAAAAUACCAACAUGCAGAGGAUUUGUCCUCGAAGUAAUUCUAGCGUCUGUUGUUGACUGUAGAUUAAAUCUAUCAGCAGGCAGAGUGAUUAUCAUAGCAGAUGGGAGAUGAGUAUAUUCAUCCUGCCCUCUUCUUGACAGCAUACACUACAUAAAACAAUGCAUUCUCAACAUGAUUAAGGCAGCAGCACCAGUGACACCGCUGUAAAGUGAGAUGGAAAAUUAGCUAAGAGAAUGUGUUGAAAAAAAGCCUGUGAUUACAAGGUGACUCUGACUUUAUGGAAUCUCCAGAUGUGUCACUUGUUAAUGCAGGAUUCGCCAAGGACACAUUUCUUGAAGAAACAUUUCAUUUUAAAUCUGUCUGUCUACUGAACAUAAAGCAGAGUACUUCCUGUGGAAUUGUUCAUUUCUGUAUUUCAAAUGAUGUAUUGACAAAAGCAAUGCUGUAAACAUUGUAAAUCUUGUUAUAUUAGUGUUGGCUACAUGCUAAUAGUGAGUACAGUUGUUUCAUAUGUGAUUGUGACUGACUCAUUUCGAUUUCAGAAACACUUUGCAACAAAGAAUAAAGCAAUCAGUGUUCAGGGUUAA